CACCAUCAUAUCAGUCACUUACUCUUGGAAUCACGAGCACAAUGGAUCGCUACCACUAUCGCCUACCUACGCCGACUGCAGAAGAUGUAUCGCUUUCGAAGUCUACGUCAGAAUCAACCAAACAUAGGAUUCAGUCUUCAAAAAUAUACAAAUCAAACACGAAGAAAGAAAAUGUCAGGGAGAAUCCGACAAUGAGCUUUAACUGUGACAUGCCAGGUUGCAACGAGAAGUUUACUCGACAAGACAAUCUCAGAAGGCACAGGCAGAAUCGUCACCUGGAGGCAACGCUCGAACAGACAUCAAGCCUCCACAGGUCAGAGCCACUGAGUCGCCAUGAUCUUGACCGUCUCGAGACUGCCGACACAAAGGUUAUGCAUCAGGACCUCUUCAUUGAUUCUUGGAUUCCGUUCUCUGAGUCGGAACUCGCGCGAUUCCAAACGCUUCAGCUUUCUGACCUUGAAUCACACGAGGCUGGAUACAUGCGCCCACGGAAUAACCGAGAUUUUGCCGGCUCUUCAUCUAGAGCGCCGUAUUGGGCACCCUGGAGACUUCCAACGGUUCCCGCUUCGCAUCGUAUCAUAAACGAAUUGGUGUUGAAGGCUCUGCAAGAGCUGGAGAUAAGGUUGGAACUCACUCAGUAUCAGAAGACUACGGGCCAGACAGGAGGAAAAGCACCUGCCAGAAAACGUGGACGUGAAUCUAGAGAAUCGCAGCAGCAGCCUUCCACCAAACGGCAAGCAGGUUCUAAGAAUCGGCGAGAUGACCCCGAUGGAAACGAUUGCCUGAGCGAUGACAACUUUGAUAACUCCGACCCCGAAGACAAAAAGGACCGUAGUGAUGGAGAUGAUACGGAACACGAAUAUCUUGCCUGUCCUCUCUAUCGAAAGGACCCGCGUAGGUACGCAGCCUGUGCCAAAUGUCGACUCCGGCGCAUUAGAGAUGUGAAGCAGCACAUGAGGAGAAGACACAGAAGACCAGAGUUUUACUGUCCGACAUGUUGGGAAACGUACUCGGGCCCCGACGAGCGCGAUACACACCUCAUGGAUCGCUCUUGUAAUGCACCGGAAGAGUCAGGCCCACCAUGGAUUACACAGGAACAAGACACCCAGCUGGAGGGAAGAGUUCCAAAUAGGACGACCGUGGAGCAGUGGUACACGGUGUGGGAUAUUGUCUGUCCGGGGCAGACACGCCCGAACCCGCCAUUUUGUUUUCUUGGCAAGAUGAUCGAGGAUAUCAGCACCUUGCGGCGAGAGCUUUGGGAAGAAUCGGGCCGUGAAAUCGUCGAAGAACUUGUCACCCAGCGAGAAGCUACGCUCCGGGAGCCUCUGAGUACGGAGAAUAGGCGUCUACUCCAGAGAUGCAUCAUAGACGCUGUGCGUUAUGUACUAGAGCAUCCCGACGUCACGCGAGCAGGAAAGGUUCGAUGGAAUCAGGGCGAUGGUCAAUCUGAAGUAGCUUCAGUACCUCAUUCCCCGGGCCGGGCUCAUGGCGCUCCUGAAGAUGACCCCGAGGGAAUUCAGCAGCAAACAUUUGAGACGCAAGACGACUUAAUCCAGGAUGGUCACGCUUUCAUUCCGACCCAGGGAUUGCAGUUCGGCGGGACGCAGCUGGGCGAGUUGGACUUGAUGUCUUGGUGGGACUCGCAAACAUUUCUAGGAAUCGAUGCAGGCGACCUGAAUUUCCUUGACGCGUUUCAGCCAUCAUUUUGUGAGGGACAUGAAAUCGCUUUCGACUUCACAGGCGGUCCAACCAGUGCAUGAAGCCGUUAACAUUUAGCCGCUUUUUGGUCCGCCAUUCAUUUGCACGCUGUUGCUAGGUAGCUCUUCUUGAGCAUGCUAGCUGGCCCAUGUUGCAGUCGCUCUUGUUGUGAUGUCGACGAGGAGGGAAAGGUAAAGUGAUUACAUUGAAGAGAUACAGAUCAUACGCCUGCGGUGACUAUCUGACUGGAAAGGCGCAAGUAAACGUACCACAUGGAGUAGGUCAUGUUGGUGACCAAGGAUAAACAUUCGGAGCC